AUGUAUGCCAUUCGAAGAGCUACCGUUCGAGUCAUUAAAAAAAAUGCUUCAUUGACGCUUCGUUCUAAUAUUUUUAUUCGAGGCUAUGCCACUAGCCAGGAUAUAUCUACCUUGCUUCUAGUGGAGCAUAAAGAUAAUACUGUUUCUACGUCUACUCUAAAUGCAUUAACGGCAGCAAAUAAACUCGGAGGAAGCGUGACAGCUUUGGUGGCAGGAGAAAAUCCUGAUCCUGUUGUCGCAAAGCUUUCUAAGUUUAAAGGAGUAUCAAAGGUGCUCAUAGCGAAAGACAAACUCUAUGAGCACGGUCUCUCAGAAAUUUAUGCCCCGCUUCUGGUGAAUACACAAAAAAAACUGAAUUUUACUCACUUAGUGGCACCUCAUUCGGUUUUUGGAAAAAAUAUCAUGCCUCGUGUCGCUGCAUUAUUGGACGUUUCUCAGGUAUCUGAUGUUAUUGACAUAGAGUCAUCCGAAAUAUUUGUUCGACCUAUAUAUGCUGGUAAUGCUAUUACUAAAGUAAAGUCGAAAGAUCCUAUAAAGGUUAUUACUAUUCGUGGAACGGCAUUCCCCCCCGCAGAGGUUUGUGAAAUCGAGGCUAGUCAUGAACCUGCUCCAGAAGCUGAAAAGCCGGUCCUUUCUGAGUGGAUAAGCGAGGAACUUCAAAAAAGUGAUCGUCCUGAAUUGGAAUCAGCAACAAGGGUUGUUUCAGGAGGCAGAGCUUUGAAAAGUCGCGAAAAUUUUGACAAAUUAAUUGUUAAUCUUGCAGAUGCUCUUGGUGCAGCAGUUGGGGCCUCGAGAGCUGCUGUCGAUUCGGGAUAUUGUGACAACUCUUUACAGGUGGGACAGACAGGAAAGGUUGUUGCUCCGGAAUUAUAUCUAGCAGUCGGCAUUAGUGGAGCUAUACAACAUAUCGCUGGGAUGAAGGAUAGUAAGGUUAUAGCAGCGAUCAAUAGUGACCCCGAUGCGCCUAUAUUUCAGCUAUCUGAUUAUUGUCUUGUUGCAGAUCUAUUUAAGGCUGUUCCAGAGUUGACAGAUAAAUUAAAGAACAAAUAA